AUGAAUCGGGACGCGGAGUUGUACCUUUCGUUGUUGGACCUAACAUCACUGAAUAAGGCCACUGACAGCGAAGAGAGUAUAAGGGAGCUGUGUGCGAAGGCGCAAUCCCCGGUGCGGGUCGCUGCAGUUUGCGUCUACCCAGAGUUCGUGCGCGUGGCCAAGCAGGCCUUGGGCGAUAGCGGAGUGUCGGUCGCUACGGUAAUCAAUUUCCCUGAAGGUCGCUCUACGCCUGAAGAGUGCGCGGAUGCGAUCAAGGCGGCCCAGAGUGCUGGCGCAGAUGAAAUCGACUUUGUUAUUCCAUGGGAGGCGUUCAAGCGGGACUGGGAGACUGACCAGGACGCGGCCGAGGCGGCCCUGGCCGCCUAUGUCACGAAAAUGGUCGAAAUCAGCCAGCCCUGCAAGACCAAGUCCAUUCUAGAAACGUCCCAACUUAAUUUCAACCAAAUUCGGAGCGCCGCACACGUGUGUGCGAACUGCGGAGUCGACUUUGUCAAAACUAGCACGGGCAAAGUCGAAGGCGGCGCAACGGUAGACUCGGUCAAAAUCAUGGCCGAAGCAGUCAAGGGGUCUGGCCGCAAUUGCGGAGUCAAGCCCUCUGGAGGAAUUAAGACGGAAAGCGACUGCAAGGAUCUACUUUACGCCGUCUGCGACGUCCUCGGACCAGAAUGGGCUUGCAAAGAGAGAUUCAGAUUUGGUGCGUCCAGCGUCCGAAAUAACCUACUGGGCCAAACUGCCACCAACGCGACCGCCUCCUACUGA